CUAAACUAUGGACCCUGCUGAUUUAUACAGGCUGUGAGAAUUAUUGUAGUUUAAUUUCUUUGAUGAUAUGUUUGCUCUGGAACUUUUUGUGAUGGUGUCGCUGCCUGUUUCGGCUCUUUAACAAUAUCGCGCCUAUCGCGGCUGUGGCCAACGUCACCUCUAGACUCAUCGUCCCCCUUAGCCGUGACAAUGAGGUUUAAAACCUCGCUAAGGAAUAUAAAGACAUUCUCUAAGUUAACGGCGUCUCUGGCGACCCUGGGGAAGAUUGCCUGGGUCAGGCUGGACGAUGAAAAUGUGCGGUUCACUAUAAUCCCCGAGCAGGGAUCACAGGUCUGGGCCUGUAUCUCAAUUGACUCUCUAUUCUACGAGUACUCGGUCCAGUCGCGCAUCGAGAACAACACCAUCAAUAUCGAGCUUCCCCUGGCACCCCUCCAAACAGCCCUCAGAUCCGCAGAAAACGCCACAUCUGCAUCUCUGCGCCUCACAAAGAGAGAUGGUGAUGCGAUCCUCUCCCUGACAAUCAUAACCAACACCGUCAGCGCCGGGAACAGCAAUGGCUUCCUCCGCAACCGCCGCGAUGACGACCCCUUCGCCGACGACGACUUCCACGAAGAGAGUCUCGACGCCCGCAGUGCCGCCGAGCGUGAAACAAUCGUCACCCAGGAAAUCCCCAUCCGUGUCCUCUCCCCCGAAGGCGUAGAAGGGAUCCACGAGCCCAAAGUGCGCGACUCGGAUGUGCAUAUCCUCCUCCCGCCGCUGCUGCAACUCAAAGCCAUCUCGGACCGGUUCACAAAGCUCGCAUUCGCGACGACGACCAAUACAGCGGCGGCUGUGAAUAGUACUGCUAAUACGCCGAAGUUGGAGCUGAGCGCGAAUAUGCAUGGGAGUUUGAAGCUGAGUAUUACGACGGAUGCGCUGAAUAUUGAGAGCGUGUGGAAUGAUUUGACGAAUCCGGAUUUGGAGCCGAAUCAGAUCGACGGGGAUGUGGAUGAUUUGCCGACGGAGAAGAUGAGGGCUGCGGGGCCGGAUGCGUGGGCGACGGUGAGAAUUGAUGGGAAGGAUUGGAGUCGGGUUCUUAGUGUGGGAAGGCUGGGUGGGAAGGUUAUUGCUUGUUUUGUGGACAACCAUGCGUUGAUCCUUUACGUAUACCUGACGAACUAUGAAGACCCCGGUGCAAAAGAAUCCGUCCUCACGUAUUAUAUCAGCUCAUAUGCCCGUUAAUGUUUGGAGGAUAUUUGCAAAAUGAGAGGAGUUGGGACAGCCA